CAAACAGGAUCAUUGAAAAGACACGAAUCUUCUCUUAGAACGAAAUAAAUUUCUAAUUACAAAAUGAAAUUCCUGAUCCCUCUCUUCACCGUAGUCGUGUUGGCUUCGGCAGUUCCAAACACUCGUUUUGGAUUUAGCUUGGGCGGAAUCGGUUUAGGAAUCGGAGGUGGGGCCGGUGGAGCUAGUGGGGCUGCCGGUGGUGCUGGCGGAGCUGCGGGUGGUGCAGCUGGUGGAGCUGCGGGAGGUGCUGGGGGAGCUGCUGGUGGAGCUGGUGGUGCGGCCAGUGGUGCUGGGGGUGCAGGUGCUGGUGGAUCAAGUGGAUUUGCAACUUCCGGUGACCUUGCAACCGACCUCGCACAAACGUUCAGUCUCGCCAACUCUCUCUCCGGAUUGGGCGGCGGUGCCGCAGCUUCUGCUCUUACCGAUGCAUACGCUACACUCCAAGACUUGAUCGCUUUCAAGCAUGAUCUUGCCGCACAAGCCAUGGCUGCCAUUAGAGACACAACAGCCUCCAAUGUGGACCAGCUCUCUCAGUUUUUGGAUAACUUUGGCGCUCUCCUUUACGAUGCAGGCGAACAGGCCGCGGCGGAUCUGGUCUCCGUAGUCAAGGCUGACAUUGAAUUCAAAAAGAGGCUCAUCAAUGGAUUGGUCGACAUGACCAAAAAUGUUUUCGAUAGUGCGAGUCAAGCCCUUGCUGCCGGCAUGACCGAAGCUGCGACAAACCUUGAAGCCGGCAUUCAACAAGCAAUGAAAUUCGCUUCGGCUGUGGAAAAGGCAAAAAUGAACCUCCUGCUCUCUGCCUUGAGAGCCGGAGAUUCAGGGAUCAAAUCCGCAAUGGCAGCCGCCAUGGCGACGGGAGGACAAGGUGGAUCGUGCCCUGUGCAAAGUCUUUUGGCAAAAAUGUCUCCUCUGUUGUCCGGAAAUCUUAAAUCUGCCGUCGACGCGACUGGAAGUAUCUUCAAGAAACUCGGUGCCGGAUUAGGUGCUGCUGUUCAGGGUGGAUUAAAUGCUGCUGGUAACUUGGCAGGCAAUAUUGGGAGUGCCAUCUCGGGGGGAUUUAACGCACUUGCUGGUGCCGUUGGUGGAUUAGGAGGUGGUGCUGGGGACGGAUCUGCUGGUGCUGGGGCCGGAUCUGCUGGUGCUGGGGCCGGAUCUGCUGGAGCUGGGGCCGGAUCUGUUGGAGCUGGGGCUGGAUCUGCUGGAGCUGGGGCCGGAUCCGCUGGAGCUGGGGCUGGAUCUGCCGGAGCUGGAGCUGCCGGGGGUGCUGCAGGUGGUGCGGCUGGUGCUGCCGGAGGUGCUGGAGCUGGUGCAUCCAUUGGAACUGGUGGUGGUGCUGGAGCUUCCCUUGGAGGAGCUGGAUUCUCCAUUGGCCUUGGGCGUUAAUUCAACUGAAGCAAAAUCUUUUAAAAUUUAUCUAAAAUAUUAAUCUGCCAAUUACAUACAAACAGUUUUGAAUUAAUUUGAGCUCCUUUAUCAACCUUCAAUUAUGAUUAUAAAAAAUAUAAAAUUCUAUUUUCUGGCAUUCUUCUAAAUA